GGGAGCGCAGUACCAUCUCCCUCUCACGGGCACGUUGCCUUUCCUAUUGUUUGGUCAAACUCGUGUGUUAUUCAGUCAGCCCCCCCCCCCCCCGGCCCCCUCCUCACACCUCCCUUUUUUUUACGCGGAUACACGUUUGAAGGAAAGAACCGUUUAUGGUCCUGGAUGAAGAUAUGACGAUGUCUCGCACCGACGAGGUUCACAGAAUGACGGAAAAUGUCUAUAAGACCAUCAUGGAGCAGUUCAAUCCCUGCUUGCGGAACUUCGUUGCCAUGGGGAAGAACUACGAGAAGGCCCUUGCCAAUGUGACAUUUGCCGCCAAAGGAUACUUUGAUGCUCUGGUUAGAAUGGGUGAACUGGCCAGUGAAAGUCAAGGAUCCAAAGAUUUAGUAACAAGUCACGUGUCCUGGGAUGUGCUGUUCCAGAUGGCUGAGGUCCACAGACAGAUCCAAGUGCAGCUAGAGGAGAUGUUGAAAUCCUUCCACAACGAGCUGCUCUCUGAGCUGGAGAAGAAGGUGGACCUGGAUUCGCGUUAUCUGACUGCUGCUCUGAAGAAAUACCAGGUGGAGCACAAGAGCAAAGGGGAAAGUCUGGAGAAGUGCCAGGCGGAGCUGAAGAAGCUGCGCAGGAAGAGCCAAGGCAGCAAGAACCCCUCCAAGUACGGAGAGAAGGAAAUGCAGUUUGUGGAGACCAUCAGCAGUAAGCAGACGGAGCUGGACACCUUCAUCGCCGAGGGAUACAAGACGGCCCUUUCAGAGGAGCGUCGCAGGUACUGCUUCCUGGUGGACCGCCAGUGUGCCGUGGCCAAGAACAGCAGCGCCUACCAUGGAAAGGGUAAAGACCUUCUGACUCAGAAGAUCCCAGUUUGGCAGCAGGCGUGCUCGGACCCCAACAAGCUGCCGGAGAGGGCCGUGCUCCUGGCCCAGCAGAUGGGCUCAGCUGCCCUCGGCGGCACAAGCCCCCUGCACACCUCCAAAUCCAACCUGGUCAUCUCGGACCCUAUCCCUGGAGCCCAGCCUCUUCCUGUGCCCCCAGAGCUGGCUGUUUUCAUGGGCAGUGGCCUGGGACACCCAGCGAGGCUGAUAGGCCCCGAUGGUAUUUCCAUGGUAAAUGGAACAACAGGAGCCCAUGGGGAGGAGUAUUGGACAGAGGGCGGGACCAUAUCCUUGCCCCAAGUCAGGCCUUCGUCCCCUCAGGCGCAGGGUCAGUCCCAGCCUCAGCCACAGAGACAGGUCAGCGACGUCUACUCCAACACCCUUCCUGUCCGCAGGCCCGCGCCCGCCAAGAACAAGAACCCCGUGGGAGAGACACGAACCCUUCCCAGGUCCAGUUCCAUGGCAGCGGGCCUAGAAAAGAACGGGCGCGCUCGUGUCCAAGCCAUCUUCUCCCAUGCUGCAGGUGACAACGGCACCCUGCUCAGCUUCUCCGAGGGGGAUGUGAUCACCCUGCUGGUGCCCGAGGCCCGCGACGGCUGGCACUAUGGGGAGAACGAGAAGAACAAGAUGCGUGGCUGGUUCCCAUUCUCCUACACGCGUGUGCUGCCUGAAAGCGACAGCGAGAAGCUCAAAGUGAAUCUAAACCAUGGGAAAAGUAGCAGCACGGGGAAUUUGUUGGAGAGUGAUGCAUCCGUGCCCACACCUGACUACGGACUGACUGCCCGACUGCUGGCUCAGAGCCUAGCACAGACCCGCCCGCGGCCCUACAGCAUGGCAGGCUUUGGCACACAGCCUGCUAUUGAGGAUUAUGACGCCCGCUUUGCCACAAGUUUGGGUCCAGAAUUGUCCCGCUUCUGAGGGAACAGGACCUGCUGACCGCUCCAUGGAGGUUUACCUCCGGCCCACCUUCGCUGAUGACCGAUAUGCUCCCAUCUUCUACUAGAGGCCUGCUGCCCCUUUUUGUCCACUGACGGGCCCUUUUGGAGAAAAUUGCCACUAUUGACAUAUUUCAGUUGUAUGAUGUCAUCUUAAGAGGGCCCUGUAGUGUGUUACACUACUAAGAAUUAAGUUAAUUGGUUGUGGAAAUUCACUCUUGACAGUUUCUGGUUAAUGCUCGUGAUAUUUUUGCAAAUGCCUCCAUAAACAUUCAAUAUUGUGACCUGAGCAUCCAACUGCAUUCAGGUGUGAAUGUACAUCCUAUUAGUUAUAGUUAUAGUUGGAUUACACUACUUAUGGAAAACGUAUGGCUAGUAGGUUUUUAUUAGUUAUGCAGUCACAUUAUAAUGGGAUUUAUUUUGUUCAACACUAUACACUGUACAUUUUAUUUGAGGAUUAUUUUCAUUAGAGCAGUGAAGGAAAGCAUAGAUGGUUUUAAUGCGACUUGAGGGUGAAUAAGAUUGUCGACAACAGUUCAGUGCAUCACUGUAAUAUGCACAGUAUGGUUAAUGGAUACGGCAACAAAUGGCUAGAACUGGUUGGUAAGUGAGUAAACUAGGAUUCAUGCAUUGUAAAAUGAUAUAACAGUGAUAUAUUUACUAGUCGUGAUACAGUAUACCCAGAAUUUCAAUGUGGGAGCUGUGCCUUCUAUUUUCUUUUCUUUUUUUUGUAUCUAUGCUUCAUGCAGCAAUGACCCAAUCAUGUCAACUGGUUUGAGGGCUUGUGCUUUUUUUCUUUCUUUCUUUAAUAAGAGGAAUUAUUUCCAUUUUUGUUUUGCUUGUAAUGUCAGGAUUUAUUUUUGCUUAGAAAGAUCUUGCACGGUGCAAUUACACUGAAAUACAAGAAUAUUUUUGCUAUUCUUUUCUUAAAUUCCACUAAUGUCUAAGCUGCCAGAUAUUAAAGUGAUCGAAUACAGUGCAUACCUAAUAGCUCUUUAAAGAAAAUAUAUAUUUAGCAUUAAGGGAGUGGUAGCUUUUGGUACAGUAUUAUUAUAACUUUUGAUUGUUCAUUCUCAGUAUUAUACACUCAUCUGGGAGAAAAACUUUGAUCCAAGUCCUUUAUCGAGAGUACAAAAUGUGGGGAUGAAAUGGAGCUGUAUGCAAUUAUAAGAAAUCCUCUGCAUUUAAUCAAGUCCCAUCAUAAAAACUCAAUUUUCCAUGGAUGAGUCCCUAACACUGAGUCAUAUGAUCAGGCUUUUAUUACACAAGGGCAUCAAGUUUGAAAUCAUUUUUUUUCUUUUAUUUUUUUUUUACUUUUAUAUAGCUUUCAUUGUCCAUUUCUCACUUUUGUCCCUGUUUGUAUUAUAUCUGUGCUGUACAGAAAGUGCAUCUAAAUUAUCCUGUCCAAAAUAAAUCAAGAUGGGCAGAAACUUCA